AUGCCUAACGGCGGCACCUGGCUCACGAACGAGAAGACUCGAAACAAAUUCUUGAAAGAUUACAAGACCCAGGUUGCUUCCGGAACAUCGACCGUUUGCGCCACUCUGGCUGUGACGCCUUUAGAGAAUGUCAAGACCCGUAUGCAGACUCACAACUUCCACAAUGUUUUUACGUGCGCUCGCUACAUCUGGCGGACUGAAGGACCCCGUGGCUACGUUGCUGGAGCUCUUCCACCUCUGGCAAGUGUCACGGCCGUCCGCGUCUUGAACUUCUCAACCUAUAACUGGGCCAAAGUGCGCCUUUCCGAGUUGGUCCAAUCGAUUACCGGCGUGUCUCCCCUGACCACAUAUAACCAACCCGGCAGCAGCCCGACCUUGUCAUCCAUGGCGACGUUCACCGUCGCCGGGUGUCUGGCGGGAUUGAGUACCGCCCCACUGGCGUGUCCUUUUGAACUGGCCAAGAACGUCGUGCAGACGUCCGUCCUGGUGUCCAACCGGGCCAUGGCAUCCCCGGACGCGGUCAACGAUCCUUCUCUGCGGAGCAAGCCUCGGGUGAACACGAUCGAGGCGAUCCGGCAGAUCGUCAAGCGAUAUGGAUUCCGCGGUCUGUAUACGGGCUUCAAGCUCCACGCAUUGCGGGAUACUCUCGGAUCGGGACUGUACUUUUCGGUGUAUGAGACCGUGAAGCAGAUUGCCUCCAAGGAACUUGGGACCGACGGUUCGCCUUUCGGAGGACCCAUGAUAGCCGGAGCGAUCUGCAGCACGGUGCCAUGGUUCUGCACCUACCCCCUGGACACUCGCAAGACGCGCGCCCAGAGUGUCUUACUCGGGAAGACCAAAGAAGUGGGCGAGGCGUCCGCGGCGGUGGCCAAGUCCAGCAUGUACAAAGGACUGUCGAUUAUUUUGAUCCGCACGGGCGUGAACAACAUGAUCUUGCUGAGCAUGUUCGAAUACAUCAAGAUGAGGAUCGACCAGCUGGAUUGA